AUGGCGGCCUACGAGACCUCCAGUCAUGAUGCCGAGAAGAAAGGCGAGCCCGAGUCGGGUUGGGCCUCUGUUGAUGUCGACUAUGGUGCCGAAACCGAUCUGAAGCGGAGUUUGUCCACCAGACACCUGACCAUGAUUGCGCUGGGAUCAUCUAUUGGUAUGGGGUUGUGGCUGGGGAGUGGUGAAUCCCUGGAGAAUGGUGGCCCGGCAGCCAUCUUCAUCGGCUACCUACUGAGUGGCACGAUGAUCUGGUCGGUCAGUCACUCGAUCGGCGAGAUGGCUGUCAUGUACCCUCUACCGUCUGCCUUCACCCAGUGGACAGAGAUCUUUAUCGACCGGUCGGCGGCAUUUGCCCUGGGUUGGGCGUAUUGGUUUUCCUACUUUAUCACGAUUGCAAACGAGCUUCAGGGUAUCGUCACGGUGCUGAACUUCUGGACGGACAAGGUGCCCAUCGCGGCGUGGAUUACAAUCUUCUGGGUGGUGAUUAUCUUCAUUAACGUCUUCGCGGUGCGGUUCUUUGGUGAAGUCGAGGUCAUUGCCUCCUCCAUCAAAUUCGGCUGGAUUUUCGUGGUUAUCAUCUCCUUGAUUGUGGUUUCGGCUGGAGGUGCCCCCAAGGAGGGGCCGAUUGGAUUCCGUUACUGGAACUCGAUGCCAUUCACCAAUGGCUUCAAGGGAUUCCUGUCCGUCAUGCCCACGUGUAUUUUCGCCAUGUCCGGAUCGGAGAACUCGGCUCUGGUGGCCGCGGAGACAGACAACCCUCGCAAGGCGGUGCCACGCGCCGUGAGCUCCAUCUGGCUGCGCCUGUCCCUGUUCUACAUCCUGGGUUCGCUGAUGAUCACCAUCACGGUGUCUCCCAAGGACCCCAACCUCUUCGGCGGCUCGGGCGUCAACGCGUCGCCUUUCGUCAUUGCCUACCGCAACGCAGGUCUCGCACCGUUGGCGCACAUCAUGAACGCCGUCAUCUUCAUCUCGGUGCUCUCAACCGGUAGUAUAUCAGCCUACGGUGGUUCGCGCACCCUAAUGGGUCUGACCCACCUGAGAAUGGCCCCCAAGAUCUUCGGCAAAGCCGACAAGGCCGGUCGCCCUGUGGCCGGGUUAGUGAUCACGCUCGUCAUCGGCGGCGGUCUCGCCUACCUGAACGUCAACAACAAAGGCUCGACCGUCUUCAGCUGGUUCUCAAACCUGACCUCCCUAUUCACGCUCUUCGGAUGGGGCACCAUCUGCCUAUCCCACCUACGCAUGCGCUACGCAUGGAAAAUCCAAGGCCGCUCCGUCGAAGACCUACCCUGGCGGUCCUGGACGUACCCCUACGGCGCCAUCUGGGGUCUGUUCUGGUGCAUCAUUCUCAUCAUCGCCGAAUUCUACCUCAGUUUAUGGCCUCUCGGCGGUAACCCCACGGCCAAGGGCUUCUUCGCGAACUACGUGUCGGUCGUGGCGAUCUUGGUGCUGUAUGUUGCUGCUCGGUGCUAUUACCGUGGUCGUUGGUGGGUGGACGCUAGUACGAUUGACUUGGAUGGGCCCAGACGGUUCUAUGCCGAUACGGCGGAUGAGGAGGCCAAACCGGCCAAGACAGGCUUUAAGAAGUAUGCGUCCAUGGUGGUGUCGGCGGUGUUGGAGUGA